CAUAAAUGAAAUUGUCACAAUAAUUAAACAAAAUUUCACAUAUCUGCUAAUUUAUUCUGAACAUUUCAUAUCAGCAUUGUGACUUGUGACACACUCUAUAUAAAGUAAUUAUUAUUAAAUAUGAGUAGGUACGACGAUAAACAUAGGUGCUGAAAUUCUGUUAAUUCCAUUUAAACAAUGUUUAAAAACAUUCAUAGUUUUAUAGACGUACUAUACAGUUCCUAUCGAUCAAAACAUUUUUUAAAUUAAUUUGCGAUGGUUGUGAAUAAUAGAAGAUUAUUAAAUAGACAAUAUUACGGUCAAACAAUUUUGAUAGUUUUAAUAUCAUCCGCCAUUGUUGUAGCUACCGUUUGUCUUGUAAUUUUUAAAUCAAUAGAAAAUACUGAUUUUCCGAUCGAAAGUGGUCUAAAUUCCGCUUGGCGUUGGGAAUGUGAAAAAAACUCAUGCCAAAAAAAGAGAAUAACUAACGAUACAGAAGCAACUGCCCUUAGCCUACCGGCAUGCAGACUUUUCUGUUCGGACUUCGGAGCAUUGUGGCCAAAGCCGACGGGAAAUAUUAUAGUGGGAACGCUCCUGAUUAAAGUGAACGCAUACAGCAUUGAUGUUGUAAGCAAUUCUUCCGAAACCGCUAUUUCUAACUUAGUCACUGCGGCUGCUAAAGAAUUUAAAGAUGAUAUUAUUUACCCAUCAAUUAAAUCCCAGAUAUCUUCAGGAGGAACGCCCCUCUUCGUUACUCUUAAUAUCGCCAAUACAUCUGUAUCUAAACUAUCACUAGACACAGAUGAAAGUUACAUUUUGAGUAUUAAAGAAUCUGACAGUGGAAAUAUGCAAGCAGUCAUUACAUCCCCAACAUUCUUUGGUGCCCGUAAUGGCCUUCAGACACUCAGUCAGCUCAUCAUUUAUGAUGAUCUGAGAAGCGAGCUACAAAUGCCCAACAAUGGAUACAUUACUGAUAAACCAGCUUUUCCACACCGAGGUAUCGUAUUGGAUACAUCACGAAACUACAUAAGCGUUGAUGUUAUAAAACGCACUCUAAAGGCAAUGGGUGCUUCAAAAUUAAACGCGUUUCAUUGGCAUAUCACCGAUACACACAGCUUUCCAUACGUAUCCAAAUCUCGCCCACAGCUGUCUAAAAUAGGCGCAUACAGUCCGUCAAAAGUAUAUUCUAACGACGAUAUUAAAGACAUUGUGGAGUAUGCUAAAGUACGAGGUGUUAAAGUCAUUCCAGAAUUCGAUGCGCCUGCGCAUGUUGGCGAAGGAUGGCAAGAUACUGGUUUUGUGGUUUGUUUGAAUGCCCAGCCAUGGCAGACUUACUGUGUGGAACCUCCAUGUGGACAGUUCGAUCCAACUAAGGAUGGAUUGUACGAUGCAAUUGAAGACAUCUAUGGAGAUAUGCUCGAACAAUUUGAUUCAGACGUAUUCCACAUGGGUGGCGAUGAAGUUAAAUUUACGUGUUGGGAACAAACACCCAGCAUAACAAAUUGGAUGGCGCAAAAGGGGUGGAACAAAACAGAAGCAGAUUUCGUUAAACUAUGGAACUAUUUCCAGACCAACGCUUUGGAAAGGUUAUACAAAAAGGCCGGUAGAGAGAUUCCAGCUAUAAUGUGGACCAGCCUUUUAACCACGGAUGAAUAUUUGACGAGUUCGCUACCAAAAGAGAAAUAUAUUAUACAAGUUUGGACCACAGGGACUGACAAUCAGAUUAACCAAUUGUUAGAAAAUGGAUACAAAAUUAUUCUCAGUAACUAUGAUGCUUUGUAUAUGGAUUGUGGUUUUGGUGGAUGGGUUACAGAUGGAAACAAUUGGUGUUCUCCUUAUAUUGGUUGGCAAAAAAUUUACGAGAAUAAACCCAGUAGAAUAGCAGGUAAAAAAAAUACAAUGUUAUUACCAUGUUAAAAGUACAGAGUGUAUCAACAUGGACAAUAAAACAUGACUCAAAUAAAAGUUGUAGAAAGAUUAAAGCUAUGUUCCAAAAAUAACUACCAACAUACAGGGUGAACCGAUAAAUGUGUGACUUAACAAAGUUAUGUUAUAUAAUAGGUUAUAUAUUGGUGCUUCGGAAUAUGAUCAGUGUAACAAAAAGGGUUUUUUUAACACUAAAUAUCUCAAAGUCAAUAAUUUCGAAUACGAAAAUGUGUCUGACCAAAUAUCCUUGAAAUUGGUAUUAUUCCCAUAGAAGGUAACCAAAACUCUGGAACCAGAAUAUAUAGUCGACACUAUGG